UCUGGUCCUCAGAGCUGCUGCUUGGGCACCUCCUCCCAGUGAACUCUGGGAGCUCUGAGGUGGCUCGGCCCCCCAAGGUCCUCCCCUGGCUUCCAUUUGGGAGCUCAGUCCCAUGAGUGCCCAGCGGCUGCACCUGGUCCAGCAACAUCUGUGCCCCCGAGAGAGAGGAGGCAUGGAGGCGGUGAGCAGCCCACUGACCACCCACGUGCUGGACACGGCCUCGGGUCUGCCGGCCCGGGGCCUCUGCCUUCGCCUUUUCAGGCUGGGAGACAGUAACCAGCAAUGGACGGAGCUGAGGAAAAGUUACACCAAUGCGGAUGGCCGCUGCCCUGGACUUCUGACUCCUGAUCAAAUGAAGGCUGGAACCUACAAGCUGUUCUUUGACACAGAAGGCUACUGGAACAAGAUGGGACAGACCAGUUUCUACCCCUAUGUGGAGGUCGUUUUCAGCAUCACAAACGAGGCCCAAAAGUUCCACGUGCCCUUGCUGCUGAGUCCGUUCUCCUACACCACCUACAGAGGGAGCUAGACAGCCAAGAACCAGAGACACAAGUGAGCGGCCGACCAACUGAGGGGCUCCUUUUCCCACUCGGUCACUUCCCAGGAUGCUGCUGAGAUCAAUAAAUUGUGUGCUGGCGUCA